CUCCAAAACGUCAAGAAAAUUGAAAAAGCAAAGAGACUUGGGCACUAGGGUUAAGCAUCAAUCGAUGAAACUUGCGGGGCUAAAAUCCAUCGAAAACGCCCACGACGAGUCGGUGUGGGCGGCCACAUGGGUCCCGGCGACGGCGUCCAGAUCGGCGCUGUUGCUGACAGGUUCGCUGGACGAGACGGUGAAGCUAUGGAAACCGGACGACCUCAUCCUUCAGCGCACCAACACCGGCCACUGCCUUGGCGUGGCGUCUGUGGCAGCUCACCCUUCCGGCAUGAUCGCCGCCUCGUCCUCCCUCGACAGCUUCAUUCGGGUCUUCGACGUUGACACUAACAACACCAUUGCUACUCUCGAAGCCCCACCUUCCGAGGUCUGGCAAUUGCGUUUCGAUCCCAAGGGUACGAUUCUUGCUGUUGCAGGCGGGGGCAGUGCCUCUGUGAAGCUUUGGGACACAGCAACAUGGAAUCUGGUUGCUACACUGUCAAUUCCUCGUCCAGAAGGACCAAAGCCCUCCGAUAAAACCAGCAGCAAGAAAUUUGUCCUGUCAGUUGCCUGGAGUCCAGACGGUAGACGCAUUGCUUGUGGCUCCAUGGAUGGAACCAUUACUGUUUUCGAUGUAGCCCGUGCCAAGUUUCUACACCAUCUGGAAGGUCAUUACAUGCCUGUUCGGUCUCUGGUUUAUUCGCCUGCUGAACCAAGGUUACUCUUUUCGGCUUCCGACGAUACCCAUGUUCACAUGUAUGAUGCUGAGGGGAAAACCCUGAUUGGGGCUAUGUCUGGUCAUGCGAGCUGGGUAUUGAGCGUGGAUGUUAGCCCAGAUGGGGCUGCUAUCGCCACAGGCUCGAGUGACCGAACCGUGCGGCUCUGGGAUCUCAGCAUGAGGGCCGCUGUGCAGACAAUGAGCAACCACACAGACCAAGUAUGGGGAGUGACUUUUCUAUCAGGAGGAGGGGCCUGUCGACUUGCUAGUGUUUCAGAUGACAAGAGCAUAUCGCUCUAUGACUACUCUUGAAAAAAAAAAAAAGAAGAAGAGUAAAAAUGAGCAUCCAGAGUUAAUCGCUUCUUCCAAGAUGAUCUUCUUUAGGUCUUGUAAUUUGUAUAACAUAAGUUGUUCAUGAAAGCAUACCCUUUUUAGCUUGCGGUAAUGGAAACGAUCGUGAUAAAUUGGAUAACAAUAUGUUAUAAACUUUAGUUUUUCAGUAGAAAAUAUGUAAAAAUAAAAGGCCCAGUUUAAUGUCCA